AUGGGAGCCUCCUUGAACUGUGCCCAGCCACGCCAGAAGGAAGGUGCCAGACCCAAAGGGUCGGCAUUGCAUGACUCGCAGCUGCUCCGUCUCACACCAGAAGUCCGUGCGCGCAUUCUUUGGCUCCUGGCCGGCGAAUACGGGGACUUCGUUUGCUUGCAGCCGGUGACGAAUUUGCUCGGAACCUGCUAUGAGAUGCGCAUGGACAACCAGUCCUGCUUUUGGAGAUGCAAAGUGGAUUUCCUGUUGAAAGCCGCAGGGAACUUCCAGCUGCAAAUGUCGAUGAAAUGUGAUCAGGACACCUGUGUGCUUCUGCUCACAGUUAUUCGGUUGUUAAAGAAUGCUUUGAAUUGUGACUGGCUGGCGCUGCAUGACCUUCAUGUGGUUCUCUUCAGCACUGGCUUAGCGAGACCAUGGAACAUGGUCCUGCUCCUCUAUUCGCUCCUCUCCUCCCAGAGCUCUUUAGUCAUGUCUCAACAAGCGCUUCACUGGCUUUGGGAUAUCGUGACUGGCUUCUCCAAGCCUUGGCUCUGCAGCAAGGAACCUCUGGAGGCAAAGUCCCUGGAAUCCUUGCGGGCCUGGCUGCGGAAAUUCGUCUCCAAGGACAUUUUUACCUGGCAAGAUCUGACGGAUGAAGCCGUCUACCAGGGCGUGGCCAACAGCUCGCAAAUCCAUCGGCAACGGAAGGAACGGGUGGUCAAAGUUGCGCUGUGGCUGAUUCUGGUGCACGAAUUUGGUGCACAAGAAGAAGUUCAACCAUCACGCAUUGCAGCUUGUGUGAAGGCAGCGGCAACUGCUGGCCACAAGCUGAAGCAGGCGGUGUCGGAUUUCUGCUGCAGUGAUUGCCUCUGCUCGAAACGACUCACCCGUCCAGUUACUGCAUGUUACUGCCAACUGGGUGACCCCAAGAAGAUGGACACGGUGACUUAA